GAAUGCUUGAAUUGUCUGUAAUAAGCAGUCCAAGUAUAAUGUAUUUGCUAGAUUAUCAACAAACAAAUACAGACCACAUGGCAGUCCUUCAUAAUAAGGGGUAACUGCAGCUGAAAUAUACUGCAGAAGGGUUGUUGCCUGUGAAUGAUAGACGACAAUGGACAAUUGAGCACAUACAUGUUACCAAGGCAACAUCAAAGCGGAGUUUAAAUAAGUGAAUAGCAGGGAGUUUUUUUUUUUGUUGUCCGAGAAGAAAAUCUUUUUUCUCUCUCCCCCAACAACACCCACAAACUAAUUAAUCUUGCAAAUGGCGGAUGAAUCUGAUCCUUUUGAAUGUCGCUUGAUGUUUUCAUCUCUAUUAACUAAACUCAAUGCUUCACAACAAGCUAUUCAAAAGGUAGCCAAUUACGCCAUGCGACAUCGGAAUUUGUCUGAAGAUCUUUAUAGUUGCAUUAUUGAAGUCCUUGAACAGGCGUCCUAUAAUGCACGGUUAAAUAUAAUUUACGUCCUGGAUGCUAUAUUUUCUGCCAGUCAAAAAGCAAGAUAUUCCAGUUAUAUAGACCAAACACGUCCGGAUCUGCCUCGUAUCAUUCACGCCGUGGUGGCAGGUGGACCUCAAGGUGUACUGAACAUACCAAACACCCAAAAGAUUUUGAACAACUGGAAAAGAAAGGGGUAUUUUGAUGACAAGGAGUUGGAUGAAGCUGGCAAACCGCUAUUGGAGCAUGGUUCAAGCUUGCCUACAAAAACUAAUGCUGAGGCAUUUUCCAAAGAUGAUGUUUUGAGAAGGAUCGAAGAAGAUAGAGAAAGGCAUAAACGUUUAAGAGAAGAAAUUUGGAUUAGACCACCGGAGGAAAGUAAAGACGCCGAGUUUGAAGAGUUCUGGUCAACGACAGAAACACUGGAUCCUGAAUCCGAUUAUGAAAGCAUGAUGGUACAAAAUAUGUUGCGUUUACCACAUUACUCUUGGAACAUGAUGUUGAACCAACGAUCCACAUUAUAGCUAAAAUAACGCUUUGCGUGAGUAAAAUAAUAUGUAACCACACUGACUUUUUGUGCGUGUGUGUGUGCGCACUUUUGAGCGAUUUAAAAUAAACAUCAUGCAUUUUUUAUAAAUGUUUGACAAGGGAAACAUUGUUACACUAUUUCUUAUUAUUUGUUUCGGUAAUAUCGGG